CGAAAAGCCACGACAACCAAUUAAACCUCCUUCUUUUGUUCAUCGUGGCAUCUUUCACCACCUCAAAUCCUUCUACAUCACCUCUCUUUCUCUCUCUCUCUCUCUCUAGAUCUCUCCUUCUAUUUAGCAUUAUUAAGGCCUUUCACGCACAAGUUUUCAAGGCCAGACUCCAAAGCACCCAUCUCUUUCUCUCUCUCUCUCUCUCAUACACACACAUAACAUUCUUGUGCUCUGUCUAGAGAUGGGAAGAGCACCUUGUUGUGAGAAAGUGGGAUUGAAGAAAGGGAGAUGGACAGCAGAAGAAGAUGAGAAACUGAUGAAGUACAUUCAAGCUAAUGGGGAAGGUUCAUGGAGAUCAUUACCCAAGAAUGCUGGUUUAUUGAGAUGUGGAAAGAGUUGCAGACUCAGAUGGAUCAACUACUUAAGAACUGACUUGAAGAGAGGGAACAUCACUGCUGAAGAAGAAGACAUUAUCAUUAAGCUACAUAGCUCUUUGGGAAACAGGUGGUCGCUCAUAGCUACGCAAUUGCCAGGAAGAACAGACAACGAGAUAAAGAACCACUGGAACUCCCGUCUGAGCAGGAGAAUCUACUGCUUCAAGAAACUUGGCAAUGAAAGCCUACCACCGACAGUCAUGGACUUAACCAAGUUAAGCACUGGAUCCAAGAGAAGAGGAGGUCGGACGGCCAGAUCUGCCAUGAAAAAGAAAGCUACCAAAAUCAUUAAUGGUAGAGAUCAAAAUCAAAGCAUGGGUAUGAGUAUGAACCCAUCAUGUGUAGCAACUGGUGGGCUAGAGACUGAAGAGAAGAAGGCAGAGGAUACUACAGAGAGUAACAUUUUGAUAAGCUUUGAUGAGGUAAUGAAUGGAGUUGAACAGGAGAGAGAAAGUCAUAAUGAGUCAUUGGCAUUAUUGGUGGAGAAUAAAGGGACCACCAUCACCACCAGCGAGGAGAUGGAGAGUGGAAUUGCGAGCUCUAAUGGUGGUGAAAUCAGUAAUGGGGAGUGGUACCCCUUGUCUUGCUGUUUCGAGGAUCAAAACUGGGCUGAUUGGGAUUGGAAUGCUAAUGGUGUUGCAAUUGCAGAAGAGGAUAUUCACAGCAGUAGUAGUGGAACUGGAAUUUGGGCUAAAGAGGGAGAGGAGAUACUGUCUUGGCUGUGGGAGGAUGAUAAUGAUGGGUUAGAAGGAGUAGCAGGGACUAGUGUGGAGGACUGUGAGCAGCAGCUGCAGCAGCAGCAGGCUUUGGCUGCUUGGCUUCUUUCUUAAUCCUUAUCAAUCUCUUCCAUUUACUUCCGCUGCAUCUCCCUCACUACAAGAACCAUUUUCGUACGAUCUGAUCCACAUAGAUAAAAUCUAUCACAGGGUUUUUCUUAGGUGGAUUCAGUCUAUGUGGAUCGUUGGUACGAGGAUGGAUCUCAUACAAGGACCCGACCGGCUUUCAUCUUCUCCUAAACUUUUCUUUAGGUGUAAAGAAAAAAAAAAUUGUGUUUAAUAAAUUUAGUUGUCUUUGCCUUUGUAGUUUUACAACUCCUCUUCGUAAUUUGGGUUUUUGUAAGCACAUGAAUGAUAAUGAAUUAUGAAAGCUGGUUUUUAUUGUUAAAA